UAUGCACUUUUUGUUGUUAUUUAAAUGUGUCUACGUUGAUUUUAUAAUUUUUAAUAGUUCUAAAGUCUUAACUGUUGAUUCAUAAUUUAGUCAAUUUGUUAUUCGGCACUGGUUUGACAUUACUGACGUUCUUUGACUUCCGUCCGUGGCAUCUCAUUGCCAUUUAUUGCUAGUUAAAUAAUUAAUAAUUAAUUCCGGUCCAAAUGAGUGUAAUCAGUUUUAAAGCCGCAAUGGCAAUAAGUAGAAAUGUUGUUGUGGGUUUCCAAUUGAAUUUUCCAAGAAACCACUAUGCAAAAGUCGCCAGUAGUGUUAGUAUGCUGGGCAUGAAGAAGAAAAAAAUUGGGGGCAAAGCUGGUGCAGUAAUUGAAAAAAAAGUGUUACCUGUGGAAACCGAUCCAGAAAGACUAGUGAAUUACUGUUGCGGUUCAAAUAUAUACACAACGGGAGAAGAUGUGAAACUAGGCGAAGAUAGCGAUUAUCCAGACUGGCUUUGGGAGAUUCGAACUGGCCCACCACCACCCUUAGAGGAACUGGAUCCCAAUUCCAAAGAAUACUGGCGAAGAAUAAGGAAAAUGGCCAUUAAGAGACAGAAUCAGUUGAAAAAGCUCAACAAAUUUUAGGGACAAAUCUAUAUUGAAGUAAAUGGGAUAUUUGUUAUAAAUGAAGUUUUCCCACAAAUUCUUCAAUCUUUUCAUAGCGUUAACUGUGUUCAAAGGCGAACGAUUGCGAUAAAGUAAGAGAAGCGAAGAAGAUAAA